GAGUGACCUAUAAGCCUUAUCAAUAAAAUAAACCUCAUUGUUCUAAUGAUUGCUUUAUUUUAUAUAAUUUACCUGUCUUGAAUUGUGACUUUUUAAAAAUAUGUGUGUUUCAUUUGCGGGGAGUAUUUUAGUAUUUAGAUAGCAUUAUCGUGAGUUCCCUUUGCUAGUGGAAAUACCAGUUCAUAAAAAUAUUUCUAAGGAGUUUGCAGUCUAGAUAGGGUAGUCCUGUGAGGUCAGUUUAUACUUUCAGGCAACAGGUUCCCUAUACCAAUUCAAACUUAUUGAGACUUCUAAUUCCUACUAACUAUUAUUCCAGAAUAUUGGUUUUUGCUUUCACCUAUACCUUCCUAUAUAUCUCUGCACUUGGCUGCUGACUGCGUAUUACAGUUCUGGAGAAAUACAAGAUGAUAGAUAAAACUGCAGAUCCAAGUUUUCUGGGCUGGAUUAUUGCUUCAUAUAGCAUUGGUCAGAUGGUAGCUUCCCCAUUCUUUGGAACAUGGUCUAAUUGCAGGCCAAGAAGAGAACCUCUCGUGGUUUCAAUUGCCAUUUCAAUAGCUGCCAACUUCUUCUAUGCUUAUGUCCAUUUGCCCCCUUCACACAACAAAUACUACAUGCUAGCUGCUCGAGCACUGGUGGGGUUUGGUGCAGGAAAUGUAGCAGUAGUUCGCUCGUAUAUUGCUGGUGCCACCUCACUUACUGAAAGAACAAAUGCUAUGGCAAACACUAGUGCUUGCCAAGCAGUGGGAUUCAUACUGGGACCAGUUUUUCAGACUCUCUUUUCACUUAUUGGGGAAAAAGGAAUCUCAUGGAAAAUGAUUUAUCUUCAGGUGAACAUGUACACAGCACCGGUUUUAUUUGGAAGUCUUCUAGGAAUUAUUAAUAUUGUUCUGAUAUUUGCUGUAUUUAGAGAACAUCAUGUGGAUGACAUGGGACGACCACAAAAUAAUAUUAAUACAGAAGCUGAAGAAAAUAAUGAAGUGGUUCAAGAUAAUGAAGGAUGCAUUGACCAUGUGGCUGUUGUAUCAACAAAUUUUCUUUUCUUUGUUAUCUUAUUUGUUUUUGCAGUUUUUGAAACCAUAGCUACACCAUUGACAAUGGAUAUGUAUUCGUGGACCAGAAAAAAAGCAGUAUUUAUCAAUGGCUUAAUCCUUGGUGCUGUUGGCAUUGAAUCAGUGGUUGUAUUUUUAGCAGUUAAAGAACUUUCUAAAAGGACUGGUGAACGUGCAAUCCUUUAUGGAGGUCUAAUGAUUAUCUUGGUUGGAUUCUUCGUUUUGUUACCUUGGGGAAAUCAGUUACCUAAUAUCCAAUGGGCAGACAUAAAAAAUAAUUCUACUCCAGGAAGGACCUUUGGUGAAACCUUGGCAUUUUUGUGGGCAUCACAAAUGGAAUUUUCAUCCAAUAAUACAUCUGAAGCAACUGGAUGUCCUAGUGUACAAUCUUGGUGCCUUUAUAUUCCAGUAAUCCAUCUGGGCCAGUAUAUCACUUCAGACAUUCUAAUAGGACUGGGUUAUCCAGCCUGUAAUGUGAUGUCAUAUACUCUAUAUUCAAAAAUUUUAGGGCCAAAACCUCAGGGUAUUUAUAUGGGAUGGCUAACUGCUUGUGGAAGUGGUGCACGUAUCCUGGGCCCGGUAUUUGUCAGCCAACUCUACAGUUACUUAGGACCCCGCUGGGCAUUUGGCUUCAUCUGUGGAAUCAUUGUUCUUUCUCUCUUACUGCUUGAAGUGGUGUACAAGAGACUUAUUGCAUUUUCAGUCAGAUAUGAGAGGCUACAAGAGCAGAGCUCUUAGCUAUCUCUGAUCAGUCUUAUUUUACUUCAACCAUUAUUUGCUAUUUCGAUAUUCUGCAUCUUUGACAGAUGGCCUGUAGAACUAUCAUACACUGGCACUGAUAGUGUUUCUAUUACCAGAUGUCCUGGCUAAGCAAAGACCACACCGAAACAAGGAGAAAGUCUCUAGUGUUUUAUUAACUGCUACUGUAGACAGAAAAUCCUACCAAACUGAAGAAGCGUGGGAAAAACCCAGACAGAUAACCCCCAAAACUCAAGGCGGGUCUGUUCUGGGUUUCUUUGAAUGACGGCUCAAAGUCUCUAAACUACACAUGCAUUUUCCCCCCUGGAUAGGGGCCUCUUCCUGCUCAUCAUCCGUACUCAUGACACCAGAUUUACAUCAGUACAAUACUGGAAAUGACAGAUUGUGAUUCAGUAGAUGCAAUUGUUUUGGUGCAUAGUUUUAAGAGAGGAUACUAGUUCUAAUUAUAUUUACCGGAUGUACAUAAAGUACAUUCUGUGAAUCAUGUCUUAACUGAAACUGUUUUUCAAACUGAACUUAAAAAGGCUAUUUAUUCCAGAGUUUUAUGAAGAUGGUUAAUGUUUAUGUAUUUUUAUAAUUGGCUUUUCUAAAUUUUAUUGAAUAUAUUUUAAGUAAAAUAUAGCAGAAACUAAUCUUGAUAAAUUAUUUUGUUGCACAUAUUUUAUUUUGGGGUUACCCAUUCAUUCACUGUAUAUUUUAUAUUUAAAAAAAUGGUUCAAGUAAGAUUAAAAGU